UUGUUUCUUCAGAGUGUGUGUGUGUGUGUGUGGUUUGCAGGGGGGAGUUGAAAAGGAAGAAAGGCUGGACAGGUCUUUUCACCCCACUCCUCCUCCUCCUACUUCUUGGGUUUGCUUGGAUUUUUAUUAUUUUUUAUUGUUGCUCUCCGCUCCCUCUCUACGAGAAGUAGCUGUGAUACUCAAUUAGUAAUCUAUGCCAGCAAUUAUGACAAUGUUAGCAGACCAUGCAGCACGGCAGCUGCUGGAUUUCAACCAGAAAUUGGAUAUAAAUCUCUUGGAUAAUGUGGUGAACUGCCUGUAUCAUGGAGAAGGAGCUCAGCAAAGGAUGGCACAGGAGGUCUUGACUCACUUAAAGGAGCACCCUGAUGCAUGGACAAGAGUUGAUACUAUUUUGGAAUUCUCUCAGAAUAUGAACACCAAAUAUUAUGGCCUGCAGAUCUUGGAAAACGUGAUAAAAACAAGAUGGAAGAUUCUUCCAAGAACCCAGUGUGAAGGUAUCAAAAAAUACGUUGUUGGCUUAAUUAUCAAGACUUCAUCUGAUCCAUCAUGUGUUGAAAAAGAGAAAGUAUACAUAGGGAAGUUAAACAUGAUUCUUGUUCAGAUACUAAAACAAGAAUGGCCAAAACAUUGGCCAACAUUCAUCAGUGACAUAGUUGGGGCCAGCAGGACAAGUGAGAGCCUUUGUCAGAACAACAUGGUGAUCUUAAAACUGCUUAGUGAAGAGGUGUUUGACUUUUCCAGUGGACAAAUAACUCAAGUAAAAGCCAAACACUUGAAGGACAGCAUGUGCAAUGAGUUCUCACAGAUAUUUCAGCUGUGUCAAUUUGUGAUGGAAAACUCUCAAAAUGCUCCCCUUGUUCAUGCAACUUUGGAAACUUUGCUUCGAUUCCUCAACUGGAUUCCACUGGGCUAUAUUUUUGAGACCAAGCUGAUCAGCACACUAAUAUACAAAUUUUUAAAUGUCCCUAUGUUCCGAAAUGUCUCCUUGAAGUGCCUCACAGAGAUUGCUGGUGUCAGUGUAAGUCAGUAUGAGGAACAGUUUGUCACACUCUUUACCUUGACGAUGAUGCAGCUCAAACAGAUGCUUCCUUUGAACACCAAUAUUCGACUUGCAUACUCCAAUGGAAAAGACGAUGAGCAGAAUUUCAUCCAGAAUCUCAGUUUGUUUCUCUGUACCUUUCUGAAGGAGCAUGGUCAACUUAUAGAAAAACGUUUAAAUCUAAGGGAGACAUUAAUGGAAGCCCUUCAUUACAUGCUGCUGGUAUCUGAAGUUGAAGAAACUGAAAUCUUUAAGAUUUGUCUGGAGUACUGGAAUCACCUGGCUGCUGAACUAUAUAGAGAGAGCCCAUUUUCAACAUCUGCUUCGCCAUUACUUUCGGGGACUCAGCAUUUUGAUGUUCCUCCCCGGAGACAACUUUAUCUUCCUGUUCUGUCUAAGGUGCGGUUGUUGAUGGUUAGCCGCAUGGCAAAACCAGAGGAAGUGCUGGUUGUAGAAAAUGACCAGGGGGAAGUUGUCCGAGAAUUCAUGAAAGACACAGAUUCUAUCAAUUUGUACAAAAACAUGAGAGAAACACUAGUUUACCUUACCCAUUUGGAUUAUGCAGAUACUGAGCGAAUAAUGACAGAGAAACUUCACAAUCAAGUAAAUGGUACCGAAUGGUCAUGGAAAAAUCUAAACACUUUAUGUUGGGCCAUAGGCUCAAUCAGUGGGGCAAUGCAUGAAGAAGAUGAGAAGAGGUUUCUUGUAACAGUAAUAAAGGACCUUCUGGGACUUUGUGAGCAAAAGCGAGGAAAGGAUAAUAAAGCUAUUAUUGCAUCCAAUAUAAUGUAUAUAGUAGGGCAAUAUCCAAGGUUUCUGAGAGCCCACUGGAAAUUUCUGAAGACUGUUGUCAACAAGCUGUUUGAAUUUAUGCAUGAAACCCACGAUGGUGUCCAAGACAUGGCUUGCGAUACUUUUAUAAAAAUAGCGCAGAAAUGCCGCAGACACUUUGUUCAAGUCCAGGUGGGAGAGGUCAUGCCAUUCAUUGAUGAGAUCUUGAACAACAUUAAUACAAUCAUUUGUGACCUUCAACCACAACAGGUGCACACUUUCUACGAAGCAGUUGGAUACAUGAUUGGAGCACAGACUGACCAGACGGUACAAGAGCAUUUGAUAGAGAAAUACAUGUUACUCCCUAAUCAAGUAUGGGACAGCAUAAUUCAACAGGCCACAAAAAACGUUGAUAUCCUAAAGGACUCUGAAACUGUUAAGCAAUUGGGGAGCAUUCUGAAAACAAAUGUGCGGGCGUGUAAAGCUGUUGGGCAUCCCUUUGUGAUUCAGCUGGGCAGAAUCUACUUGGAUAUGCUGAAUGUGUACAAGUGCCUCAGUGAAAACAUUUCUGCAGCUAUUCAGGCAAACGGAGAAAUGGUUACGAAGCAACCUCUGAUCAGAAGUAUGAGAACAGUAAAAAGGGAAACUUUAAAACUAAUUUCUGGCUGGGUGAGCAGAUCCAAUGAUCCUCAGAUGGUAGCUGAAAACUUUGUUCCGCCUUUGCUGGACGCAGUUCUUAUUGAUUACCAGAGGAAUGUUCCAGCUGCCAGAGAGCCUGAAGUGCUUAGUACAAUGGCUAUCAUAGUAAACAAGCUGGGAGGACACAUUACUGGUGAAAUACCUCAGAUAUUUGAUGCUGUCUUUGAAUGCACGUUAAAUAUGAUCAAUAAGGACUUUGAAGAAUAUCCUGAACACAGAACAAACUUUUUCUUGCUACUACAAGCAGUAAACUCCCAUUGCUUCCCAGCAUUCCUGGCCAUCCCACCUGCACAGUUCAAACUCGUACUGGAUUCUAUCAUUUGGGCUUUCAAGCACACAAUGAGAAACGUUGCAGAUACAGGCCUUCAGAUCCUUUAUACACUUUUACAAAAUGUUGCACAAGAAGAAGCUGCUGCCCAGAGUUUUUACCAGACUUAUUUCUGUGACAUUCUUCAGCACAUUUUCUCUGUUGUAACAGACACGUCUCACACUGCUGGUUUGACGAUGCAUGCAUCAAUUCUUGCAUACAUGUUCAACUUAGUAGAAGAAGGAAAAAUAAGUACUCCUCUAAACCCUGGAAAUCCAGUGAGCAACCAAAUGUUUAUUCAGGAGUAUGUUGCUAAUCUCCUUAAAUCUGCAUUUCCUCACCUUCAAGAUGCACAGGUUAAACUGUUUGUAACAGGACUCUUCAGUUUAAAUCAGGAUAUUCCUGCUUUCAAGGAACACCUUAGGGACUUCCUGGUACAGAUAAAGGAAUUUGCAGGUGAAGACACGUCUGACUUAUUCCUGGAAGAAAGAGAGACAGCUCUUCGACAGGCUCAGGAGGAGAAACACAAACUUCAGAUGUCUGUCCCUGGCAUCCUUAAUCCACAUGAAAUUCCUGAGGAAAUGUGUGAUUAAAAAAUAACCAGUUGCACUGUUUUCUUUCUGUACAGCUGCUUUGUUGUAAAAGAAAACAGGACUUGGAUAUUUGUUGACCAAAAUGAUGCCAAUUUGUAAAUUUAAGAUGUCACCUAGUGGCCCUUUUUUCUUAUGUGUUUUUGUAUAAGAAAUUUUCUGUGAAAUAUCCUUCCAUUGUUUAAGCUUUUUUGUUUUGGUCAUCUUUAUUUAGAUUUGCAUGAAGUUGGAAAUUAAGGCAUUUUAAAAAUAAAAAAACACUUCAUGCCCAUUUUGUGGCUAAGGGUAAAAGAGGCAAAACAUAUAACUUGUAAAGUCUAUUGCAAAAUUAUACAUUUUCCAGUUAGAACACAGAUUUUUUUUUUUCAAUUAGGGAACACUUUCUUACUAGCCUGUCCUGCAGUCUAGAAGAAAAGGGUAAAUAAGUAAAGUCCAUCAGAUUAGUUGUUAGGUAUAGGAUGGUGAGUGCUGCAUCAGACAUGAGCAGCUUUUGGGCUGAGUGGCAAGGCUAGGCUUACUGAUAUUUGCAAGUUGUAUGGCAAGUUUGCAGCAAGAUCAUGUGCAUAUCAUCCCAUUGUAAAGCAACUUGGAAAAAGAGAGUAUGGGAACACAGUACAGUUAGUUAUUUUUACACAGUUCUUUUGUUUUUGUGUGUGUGCUGUCGCUUUGUCGACAACAGCUUUUUGUUUUCCUCAAUGAGGAGUGUUGCUCAUUUGUGAGCCUUCAUUAACUCGAAGUGAAAUGGUUAAAAUAUUUAUCCUGUUAGACUAGGCUGCAUCUUUUUAACAAGCUCAUUAAAGAAGAAUUCUGGCUUUGGAGAUGACUUCUACUAAUUACAUUGUUUACCAUGCUGUAGUGCUUUAAGAACACUACUUAAAAAGCAAAAUAAACUUGGUUUACAUUUAUUUUC